CUCAGUGGGUAAAACCACUCUCUCUGCAUCGACACGAACAUGUCAAAAUCAUAUUGAGUUCGAUGGUUCUGAAGUGUCUGGAAGUGCCCGAGGAGAUUCUCCCGGAGAUCUCAUGAUUUAACCUCAGAGGUCUCGUCAACGAUGAAUAGAUUCGAGUACAGGGAGUCCAGGCUGUUGCCCAAUGAGGGCUACGUCCGGAGGGAUCAUCCUGUGAGGCUGUACGAUGGGGACACGAGGACGAACUUUGUAGGAGGAGAGGUGGUGUUAACGAGUCACAGGCUCAUCUGGGGGCGUCCUCAGGACGUCGCCCAGGGUCAGGUCUGUCUAUCCCUCUCUCUGAAACAUGUAGUGUUCUUCGAGGAAGACAAUGCAGGGGUUUUCUCCUUCAGCAGGAGUAAAAAGGUGGUUGUACACUUGGCAGAGCCUUCACCAGACAAAUUACCAGGGCCAGUGAGCAACGGCUUCCACAUGUACAUAAAACUGUCCUUCAAAGAGGGCCUAGACCCCGGGUUUCUCUCAGACUUUGCCGAUGCCAUAAUGAAGAAGACCUGGGAGAUAAUGCCGAUAAUGCCAACAAUAUCGAUGUCUGAAAUAAGUAUCCAGGGGCAAUCGGAAGGUGGGACUCAGCUUCGAAUAAUAAAAACACGAACUGGAAUAAUAGGAAUCGAGCGCAGCCUUCAGGAACGCCAGAAAGCCACAGACAACAGCAUCUCCAUGGCGUUCCAGGACCUGCGGAAGCUCAUGGAGAUGGCGAAGGACAUGGUGACGAUAUCGAAGACGAUAUCAGCUAAAAUAAGGGAACGACAAGGGGACAUCACUGAGGAUGAGACUGUGAGGUUUAAAUCGUAUCUGAUGAGCAUGGGAAUUGAUGAUCCUGUCACGAGGGAUGCGUACAAAACGAGUAAUGAGUAUUUUAGGCAGUUGGCUGUGCAGCUUUCGCAGAUAUUGGAGGAACCGUUGAAAGAAGUUGGAGGAAUGAUGACGUUGACCGACGUUUAUUGCCGAGUGAAUAGAGCCAGGGGUCUGGAGCUCUUAUCGCCAGAAGAUUUGCUCAAUGCCUGCAGACAACUGGCUCCAUUGAGCCUCCCUGUGGUCCUUAGAGUGUUCGAUAGUGGAGUUAUGGUGCUACAAGCUAGAUCACAUGAUGAUAAUGCCGUUGUUGAGGCUCUUGCUGAAUUGCUAAAAGACAGAGGAUCAAUCACUGCCGAGGAAUUAGCCCAAUCCGCAGGAAUCUCCAUCGUCCUAGCCCGAGAGAGACUCCUGGUAACUGAAAAGUACGGAAAGGCCUGCAGAGACGACACAAUCGAAGCCCUCAGGUUCUACCCAAAUCUAUUCCUCGAAGAAGUUUCCUGAGUUAUCAUUUCCCGCCGAAAAAUAAUGUCUAUAUUUUUCUGAGUGAUUGUAAGUGGCUACUCAUCAAGAACAAUUUAGUUCUGCGUAUUUUGAGAUUGAAAAUGCCUCUCAUGGAAUUGUGUAACAUGUUGAAUAAACAAAUUUAUUUUACGAAUAA